AGUAGCCACGUGUCAAUUUGCAUAGCCAAAGCCUUAAUUUAGGUCAGCGUGGAUUUUCAAGGGUUUUAGAUUUUAGCAUCUUCACAUUCUCAGUCUCUGCACACACCUCAGAAGAACAGAACAGAACCACCAGUGCUUUUCAAAGACGCGGUUGGAUGUUUUUUCUCCUUGGUUAUUAUUUAUCCUGUGAAAGAUUUGAUUUUUAAGGUCCGCAAGAGUUCUUUUUGUUUAAAAUACAAGUUUCAGCAAUGGCGUUCUUAAAUAAAAUUGGAAAUCUGGUCAAGAAUUCUGCUGUCAAGCACAUCAAUCAAGAUUUUUCAGUGUCUACCCCAUCACUUUUCCAAGCAAUUAGAUCCAUGUCAUCUGCAAAGCUUUUUGUCGGAGGUAUUUCUUACAGCACUGAUGAUAUGAGUUUGCGAGAGUCUUUUGCUCGCUAUGGAGAAGUAAUAGAUGUCAAGGUCAUUAUGGAUCGUGAAACUGGCAGGUCAAGAGGUUUUGGCUUCAUAACUUUUGCAACAAGUGAGGAUGCAUCUUAUGCCAUUCAGGGCAUGGAUGGUCAGGAUCUUCAUGGUCGCAGGAUACGGGUGAAUUAUGCUACAGAAAGGUCACGUCCAGGGUUUGGUGGUGAUGGUGGAUAUAGGGGCAGUGGUGGCAGCGAUGGCUACAAUAGGGGUGGAAACUAUGGAAGUGGCAAUUAUAAUGUUACAAGCAGCUAUAGUGAUGGCAAUGCUGAAACUAGUUACACUAGUGGUGCUAAUGCUGGUAAUUACCAAUUCAAUGAAAAUUCUGGUGGAGUUUUUGGCUCAGCUAGCGGUGAAUUCAGCAGCAACCAAAAUGACGCAACAGGUGCAGACAAUGAUGAAUUCAUUGAGCCACUUGAAGACAAUGUGAGGGAGAACAAUGAUGAACCUACUGACUACGCUCAGAACCGCUGAUGAGAAUUUUCACCUUGCCUAGAGCAAGUUACUUCUUCUGGAGUUUAUGAUAAACAAACGUGUUUCCAAUUUCUUUUUCACCCUCUUGAUUUUCAUAUGUUCAUUGGCUUGAACUUGAUAGUUUGUCAGCUCAACGACUGAUGUAAAAUAAGAUUUUUCUAGUUGAACUCCAUUUAGAAUGAUUUUAGUUUUCAACCAUUCAACACCUGGAAUGAUAUAUAUAGUCAAAUUGACAUGUUUUAAUAAUGGAAAGCAAGAGUUUGGACGACAGUUUA